AUGCUCAUCCUGGUUCGGAUGCGCGGCCGCGAUUGCGAGCAGUGUAGGGCGGCGGAGCAGCGCACGGUGUCGCUGCAGGCUCAGGAACGGCGUGUGGGCGGCUCCGCCCCGGUGCGGCGGAGAGCCCGGCUCCCCAGCGAGCAUUUUAGCUUGGAAGUGACAUCCAAAGACGAAAAUAAGAUCUUCGUACUCCUGGUGCUCACUAAAUCUCUGGACCGCGAGACGAUGCCCGUGCACCGGUUGGUGCUGACGGCGAGUGACGGGGGCCGGCCGUCUCUGACAGGCACCAUGGAGCUGGUGAUCUCGGUGCUGGAUGCGAAUGACAACGCGCCCCAGUUCAACCAGUCGGUGUAUAAAGUGCAGCUGCUGGAAAAUACGACUCCAGGAACGGUGUUUUUCCAGGUCACAGCGACAGACAAAGAUGAGGCGUUNAAAAACCUCAGUUUAUCGGAGAACUCCCCUCCUGGGUUCCGUUUCCCGCUGGAGGGCGCGUCGGAUGCGGAUAUCGGAGCGAACGCGCAGCUCUCCUACACACUCAGCCCCAGCGAGCAUUUUCGAAUCGAGGAAGAAAACAGUAACUCUCGCAGUAAGUCCUUGUUUCUGGUACUCACUAAAUCUCUGGACCGCGAGACGAUUCCCGUGCACCGCUUGGUGCUGACGGCGAGUGACGGGGGCCGGCCGUCUCUGACAGGCACCAUGGAGCUGGUGAUCUCGGUGCUGGAUGCGAACGACAACGCGCCCCAGUUCAACCAGUCGGUGUAUAACGUACAUUUGUCCGAGGACGCCAUACAAGGCACGAUAAUUGCGCGUAUGAAUGCCACGGACCUGGACGAAGGAACCAACAGAGACGUGAAAUAUGAAAUACAAACUAUUGUUCCUCCCUCUGCCUCAGAUUUAUUUAGCAUUGAUGCGAACACUGGGGUGAUUAGAUUGAUGGGCGCCCUGGACUUUGAGGCAGUUAAUUUAUACGAUCUAAAUAUUAAGGCAACAGACCAAGGCACACCUCCGCUGUCGGGUCACUGCAAGGUGGAGCUGGAAGUGCUGGACGUGAACGACAACGCGCCGGAGGUGUGGGUGACGUCGCUGUCGGUGCCGGUGUCGGAGGACGCGUCGGUGGGGACGGUGGUGGCCCUGCUGAGCGUGUCGGACCGAGACUCGGGGGCGAACGGGCGCGUGCGCUGCUGGGUGUGGCCGGCGCUGCCGUUCGGGCUGGAGGCGACGUUCGCGGGCUCGUACUCGCUGGUGCUGCGCGAGGCGCUGGACCGGGAGCGGGUGUCGGAGUACGAGGUGGAGGUGCGUGCGGAGGACGGCGGGGCGCCGGCGCUGCGCGCCAGCCGCGGGCUGCGGCUGCCGGUGUCGGACGUGAACGACAACGCGCCGUCGUUCGCGCAGGCCGUGUACACGGUGCUGGCGCGGGAGAACAACGCGGCGGGCGCGGAGCUGGCGCGGCUGUGGGCGCGGGACCCGGACGAGGCGGGCAACGGGCGCGUCAGCUACUCGCUGUGGGAGGGCGGCGCGGGCGGCGGCGGGGCCGCGCCUCCGAGCGGCUGGCGAGCGGCGUCGAGCUACGUGGCGCUGGACGCGGAGAGCGGGCGCCUGUGGGCGCUGCAGCCCUUGGACUACGAGCAGCUGCAGGUGCUGCAGUUCGAGGUGCGCGCGGUGGACGCGGGGGAGCCGCCGCUCUGCGGCAACGCCACGGUGCAGCUCUUCGUGCUGGACGAGAACGACAACGCGCCGGCGCUGCUGCCGCCCGCGGGCUCGGCGGCGGAGGCGGGCGCCGUGGCGGCCGAGGCAGCGGCGGCGACACAGUACGAGCAAGUGACAGAAGCAUGGAUGCAGGAGGGACCCUAA